CAAGAGUUCACCCAAACCGUGAAUGGCAUGAACAACAGGUGCAAUAACUUCGAAGAGGUUUGCGCCGGGUCACAGCGCGCCUGUCGUUCGGAUAUCUGUGACGAGAGCACAUCUUCCGCCGCCUUGUCGGAUGCAGAUUUGUCACACAGGGCUGCCUCUGACACGUCGUCGUUCGACGAAGACAGCGUCAAGAAGUACUAUCGCAAACAGAGGUACAAUAAGGGAUGGGCGACGCGGAAGCAACUCAGAAAGCAGCUGCGCAACUCGACAGCGCGCAGCAGCGACGACCGAGAUCGGCAUAUCCUAGCGGCUGACAAAACCACGUUCUCAAACAUCGAAGACAGCACAAACGAUGGUGACAGCGAUAAUUUUGUCACGCCAAGCAAUUCAGAACGAGUCUCACUGAACCAUCACAACGGACCGUCAGUUAGUUACUAUAAUUCAUGCGAGAAAACACGACUCAUCGGCAGCUCAGACGUCCGCGAACCACAAGUUCGACAUGAUGUGGUCAGCAGUUUGCGCCCCAAACUUUUCGUCACUCAGGAAGCGACGAUAGCGUGUUCGGACGCAUCUCCGAGUGUUGAUUCAUCUGUCACUAAAAUGCACAUUGGCAGCCCUCUUCAGCAGCAUUCCAGAAUGCACCCGGAAACGGAUGUGACAAUCAGUGACCAAAGUUUUUCGACUUUCAGUGACUUCGCAAGCCCAACGUCGCCUACCAAUGUUUUCGAGAUGCAAAGGUCAGAAGAAGAUAACAGCGGUUUUUCUUUCACAAAAAGAGUGGGGCCCGCUGGACGACGAUGUCAGGUUCACGCCACUACAAGCGACGUCGACGUCACCUCAUUGUCUACCAGCUGCACUUCGUCACAAAAAGGUCAAAAACUGGUUUUGAAGAUAGCCGUUGAUGCACCUAAUGGAGCCAGUAAUGAACAACCGACAUCAGUUAUGUCCUCUUCUGCCAGAGAAAGUUUAGUGAUGUGUGAUUUAGGCGACACGUUGAAAAAACGCGUGCCAGACGGCUCAUUGUCAACGGAAGUAAAUUUGGACAGCAGCGGUUUGUGCCUAUCGACUAAAAACGUCGUUUCUGUACAAGUGUCGUCAUCAAAUACAGACGAUGCCAAGGUCAGAGCUGACGUUGUCCCUGCAGGUAGACUUGACCCGGAAGUUGAAAAUCUCCUGUGCUCAAUGGAAGACAUACCGCUGGAACGGGAAGAAACAAAACGGUACAACUCGUUUUCCGAAGCGUCUGCCAUUUUUGACUAUCUUUAUGGUUAUGGUCGCACCAGAAAUCUUGAAGGCAAAGUUGGAGCAGUCGUCGACAGUGUCUAUGAGAACUUGACCAGCACAGAAAACAGUCCCGAAAAAGAGCCGCUCUACGAUUUUCCGAUUCAGUCGCCGUCCGCCUUGCACAGUAGUGAACAAAUGCUUGUUGACAACAGUCCAUCUGUACUAAACGAUGCCGUUGACAAGACAUCUCUACUUGAAACAUCGCCUUCAUCGCCACACCCACUUUCGAAUGGGAGGGACAAUGUACUUAAGAAGUACUCUGACUAUUUCUGUACUCGCAUUUGUCUGUCAUUCGGCAAACAGGAGAGCCUGGAACCAAAUACGAAGUUUCGAGACGUUUCUGAGCUGGCGGAAAAUGCUCGCUUGAAUCGGGCGUUGCGCAACUCGUCACCUCCUGAUAUUAUUCGCUCCGCACAAAAUUCGAUCGCCGCUGAAGACAUAAAUAUGAUGGACAUUGCAAUGCGGUCUCCCCCAAACCUGGACCUGUAUUCGAAGAGGUUUUUACCACCACCUCCAACUCCUACAUUGGAUUUGUCAGGAUUAAGGAACAUUAGUCGCGGAUGUUCAACCUCCUCGGAAGUUAAACCAAACACCACUACAACGUGUCCGAUCCAACUCAGUCGCAACACCGGCCACGAACCCGCAGUGACCCUACCGAGAUCAAAGGGGGCUCCCUCAUUCAAUACCUCCAGUUUUCCUGUGUCCUACUUUAAUCGGUUAAGCUCAUGUGAUGAAAAUUGCCAAAAAAAUUUACAUUAUUAUUACGUGUAA